AUGGACAGCGCCCGCGAAGCGACUCGGGGGCGCUUGGACGCCGCGGGCUUCUGGCAGGUCUGGCAGCGCUUUGACGCGGACGAAAAAGGUUACAUCGACGAUGAGGAACUCGAUGCUUUCUUUCAUCGUGUGCUGAUGACGCUGGGUACUGAGGAGGCAGGCGUGGAAGAAAAUGUGCAGAGAAUGAAGCAACAGUUCAUGGGUCUGCAGGGUGUCUCCAGAGAUGGGCGCGUGCUGAUGAAAGAGCUUGCCAACAUGUUCUUGUCUGAAGAUGAAAACUUCCUGCUGCUCUUUCGUCAGGAAAACCCCUUGGACAGCAGUGUGGAGUUUAUGCAGAUUUGGCGCAAAUAUGACGCUGACAGCAGUGGGUUUAUAUCAGCGGCUGAGCUGCGUAACUUCCUCCGAGACCUCUUCCUCCACCACAAAAAGGCCAUUUCUGAGGCUAAGCUGGAAGAAUAUACUGGCACCAUGAUGAAGAUCUUUGACAAAAAUAAGGAUGGCCGGUUGGAUCUGAAUGACUUGGCAAGGAUUUUGGCUCUUCAGGAAAACUUCCUUCUCCAAUUUAAAAUGGACGCUUGUUCCACUGAAGAAAGAAAGAGGGACUUUGAGAAAAUCUUCGCCCACUAUGAUGUUAGUAGAACAGGAGCUCUGGAAGGCCCGGAAGUGGAUGGCUUUGUCAAGGACAUGAUGGAGCUGGUCCAGCCCAGCAUCAGCGGAGUGGACCUUGAUAAGUUCCGGGAGAUUCUUUUGCGCCACUGCGAUGUGAACAAGGAUGGAAAAAUUCAGAAGUCCGAGCUGGCUUUGUGUCUCGGGCUGAAAAUCAACCCAUAA